GGAGGAUGCAAAGAGAGAAAUUACAUGACCGUUUUGGCAUUAUUCAUCUCACACAGGACGUUAGGAGCCGCAACAUUUUCCACAGCCCAGCUCUGGAGCAGGAACUAGAAGCUUAAAAAAAAAAAACCAAUAAAAAGAGAUGGAGAAAGAAAGAGAGAGAGACUCUAUCUCUCUCCCUUCACUGAAGAACAUGGACAACCAGGGCCUGGAUAUCAUGGGGGAAGAACCAGACAUUCUGGAAAAAACAAGGAAUGAAGAUAUAGGAAAUAACUUGGAGAAAAAGUCGGAGCUUUCCAUUUUUGAAAGGGGGAGUAAGAAGCCUUUCUCCAAGGCAAGACAUUUCUACAAAAUUCAUGCUCAAUUGUUCCGGAGAAUACUAUUGGGCCUCCUGUGUACAGCCUAUGGUGCCUAUGUCCUGGUGGCCUGCAUCCUGAAUUUCCAAAGAGCUCUGGCUUUGUUUGUCCUCACCUGUUUGGUCCUCUUCUACUUGGCUUAUCGUUUCAUUAAAAGGCAUUAUGGGGAGAAACUGAUGAGACGUGUGGAAUCCACCGAAAAUUCUCGGCUAUGGCUUUGGCUAAAAUGGGGUCUAAUGGCAGUUGCCUCAGUUGGCCUCAUCCUGUGGCUAAUCCUAGACACUGCCCAAAGGCCAAAGCAGCUCAUUUCUUUUGCUGGAAUCUGUAUGUUUGUUAUCAUCCUCUUUGCCUGCUCCAAACACCAUCACGCUGUGUCCUGGAGGGCUGUGUUUUGGGGUCUUAUGCUGGAAUUUAUCCUUGGUCUCUUGGUCAUUCGAACCGAUCCUGGAUUUGCUGCAUUUCAAUGGCUGGGUAAACAGAUUCAGAUUUUCCUUGGUUACACAGAAGCUGGCUCCAGUUUUGUCUUUGGGAAUACUCUCAUCAAGGAUGUCUUUGCUUUUCAGGCCUUACCAAUAAUCAUCUUCUUCAGUUGUGUGAUGUCCAUACUCUACUACUUGGGACUCAUGCAGUGGCUGAUUGUGAAGGUUGCUUGGCUUUUACAAAUUACCCUGGGCACCACAGCCACAGAGACCUUGAGUGUAGCAGGAAACAUCUUUGUGGGUAUGACGGAGGCACCUCUGCUGAUUCGGCCAUACCUUCCAGACAUGACAUCCUCAGAAGUCCACACUGUUAUGACCGGAGGUUUUGCUACCAUUUCAGGCACUGUGUUGGGAGCCUACAUCUCUUUUGGGAUUGAUCCUGCAUCCUUAGUUUCUGCCUCUGUGAUGGCUGCUCCCUGUGCUCUUGCCCUGUCUAAGCUGGUCUACCCAGAAGUGAAAGAAUCCAAGUUCAAGAAUAAGGAAGGGGUAAAAUUGUCCCGUGGCACUGAGAAGAACAUUCUAGAAGCAGCCAGCAGUGGUGCUGCGGACUCUAUAGGACUCAUCGCUAACAUUGCUGCCAACCUCAUUGCCUUCUUGGCUGUGUUGGCCUUUAUCAAUGCUGCCCUUUCCUGGCUGGGGGAGAUGGUGGACAUAGAAGGACUCACCUUCCAGGUCAUCUCUUCCUACAUCCUACGGCCCAUUGCUUUCAUGAUGGGUGUGGACUGGGAAGACUGUCCAAUGGUGGCCGAGAUGCUGGGGAUCAAGUUCUUCCUGAACGAGUUUGUGGCCUAUGAACAGUUGUCUCAAUACAAGAACAAACGUCUCUCUGGAAUUGAGGAGUGGGUCGGGGGUGAGAAACAGUGGAUUUCUGUGAGAGCAGAAAUCAUCACAACUUUUUCCCUGUGUGGAUUUGCCAAUCUCAGUUCGAUGGGGAUCACAUUAGGCGGCUUGACUUCAAUGGCCCCCAAACGGAAGAGUGACUUUGCUAAACUGGUAACCAGCGCCCUGUUGACAGGGGCCUGUGUGUCUCUGGUCAAUGCUUGCGUGGCAGGAAUCCUCUAUGUUCCUAGGGGGGCUGAGGCCAACUGUGCCUCUUUUCUGAACACGACAAGUUUUAGCAAUACUACCUAUGAGAUCUACGUGUGCUGCAGAGAACUCUUCCAGAGCUUCACACUGAACAACAUGACAAGCCCAGAAUUCAGUACUAAUGCUCUUGCCAACUGCUGUGGACUCUACAACCAUUCCAUCUGUUUCUAA